GAAGCAGCGUGGUCUUCUUCGAACUGGAGGAACUGCGAAGUUCGCUGAAAUAUUUUGUUUGCAACUUGUUUCACAAACAAAUGGAGUAGUUUUGCAGCAUUUGACGACCCUUUCAUCGAUAACGAUCAUGGCAGUCGAGUAGUCACGAUUGUCGAGUGAGUGAAAAAUUAAGAUGGAAUCUACGUCGAAUGAGGAUGCGUCGAGAAUUUUAAAGGGAAUUUUGAACAUUGGAGAACUUUCCGGUGCAGGUAUUUUUAUUUAGUUUCGUUUCAAAGUGAUAGUGUGAUUUAAAACUUAACAAGCCGCGCAAAAAAUAUUUAUGUAACACGCUCUCGUUGUGUGUUACUAGUAUUGGUGUAAAGGUUCCUAUAUGAUUGUUUUAUGGUGCAAAUAUAAAUGCAUACUUGCAGUUUCAUUUGUUGUUCAACUAUGGCCUGUUUCAAACGUCGCGCUUCUCAUGUGUCGAAUGCAUUAGCAACAAUAGAUAAUGAGGCAUUUCAGCUGAUCAUAUAUUGUUUUUGUUGUGUUGUUUGGCACAUGAGAAGCAUGACGUUUGAAACAGGCUUAAAAGACAUAAUUAACUAAUUGUGUAUGGUAUUAAACCGGAGUGGAAGCGCUCUCCCCCUGACGAGUAAAAUCGUCUGCUGUUAGACAGGUUAUAAUAACAAAGUAGGGUGCAUUGCCACUUAAUUAAAGGGUUAACAGGGUGCAUGGGCAGAUAGUCUGAUUAAUGGAGUGGCAGCACUCUCCCCCUGACGAGUAAAAUUGUCUGGUGUUAUACAGAGUCAGGGCUGUCAAAAUAACCUGGCGGCUGCCGGAGCUCCGGCGGCUGCCACGAGGUUUGCCGCCGGUUACUUUGUUUAGUACUUGAAUUAUCCUUACUACUGCUUUCCUUCCUCCACUCUAAGCUUUCAAACAAAGUUAUUUUUUCUCAACUUGGCCUACCCUACCAUGCAUAUACUUUAUAGAUGGGUUAUUUUUUGUAAUGGGUUAUUUUUCGUAAAACAGAUCUAGUUAUUUGCCAUCUUAAAUCUUGAAAUUAUCUUGUUGAAGAAUGAAAGUAAUGAUACAUUAUAAUUUGAUUAUAGAGCACAUUUGUGUUGCUAUCUAAUCAAUAUACACUAUAGUGAAUGUCUCCUUAGACUGCCACCUUGCACCAGCCACCCACUUUAUCAAAACAGACACCUACUCAGAAUAAUCCUGAAAGCCCUGAUCUAGUAAAAUAACAAAGUAGGGUGCAUUUGGGCACAUUGCCACUUGAAGGGUUAAUUAGGUGAUGGUUAUAUAUAGAGCAAAACCUGGUAGGGUAAGAAACCCAAACCAAUAGCCGUGCAACAUGCUCUGAUCAAUGCUUGCACAUACCAGUAGCACAUUGUCUGGCAUGUUUCAUGGCAGGAUCCGAUAUUCAAUUCCCAAGAUAUGCUUGGGAGUUGAUGUUUAUGUAACUUUUGUUCAAAUUUCAGAGAAUGAUCAAGGUUCGUCAUCACAUGAAAAUAAUGGUGGAAGUGACAGGCAAGUCUCGUUCAGUUGCUUGGUGUUAUUUGAUAGUUUGUUUGUUUGUUCAUCGAUAUGUAAUAACAUUUUGUAUUCCAUAGGUUAAAGAAUGGACAUGAAUUUCCAGUAAGUUAAUAAAAACCCCACUUUAUACAAAUUAGUGUGGUACACAAUGUAGUUUCAGUUUAUCUGAUUGUAUUCCAAACACAUGAAAUUUUUUUCAGUAAGAUCUUACAGCAAUAAAGUAGUAAUUAUGUAUUGUAAUAAAUAUUGUAAUUAUAAUCAUUUCCAGGCAGAAAAUAUUACUGAAUCAAUUGACUCCUACAGUGCACAGGAAUCUGACUCUUUUCGGUUGGACCCUGUCCUUCAGUUUUUGUAAGUUGUCAUAUGAAAAGCUCUGUGAACACGAUUGUGUCCGAACUUAAUUUAUUUUCAUUGCUAAACAAAUUUUGAAUAUAUUUUGUAUAAAUUAGACAUUUUACUGGAGAUGAAGAGCAAGGCAGUCUUUCAAUAUAUGGCAAUGAAGUCCACAUCACUACGGAUGAGGUGGAUAUAAGACAACCCAUUGUGGCAGGAAGUAACCGAGUAUGCGUUAUACAUUGCAAGAUACAUUAUAUUUUGUUUCAUGUGUUUUGUUUGACUACACUGUAUGUAUGUCAUGUAGACAUGUACCCUGAUUUAUAACUUCUUUCUUCUUGCAAAAUCUGAUUAUUGUGUUGUAAACACUGUAGGUGAGGAUUGUCCCUGUUACAAAUUAUGAUUGGGAAUCAAAGUACUAUAAUGGAAACUUGCUCAGUGUGUCAUCUAAAUAUAUUGCUUAUGGAAUAAGAGGUAUAUCCAUAUAACAUACCCAGUUGUAACAUAUAAAAUACAUCUUUAUUCCAUAUAAUUUGUUAAAUACUGUACAUACAUGUACAAACUAAACCUCUGUUUCUGCUUGAAUGUUUUUUCAGGCAAGUCAGGUUUUAUGCUGAGAAUUUUGAAUCGUAAAACUGUCCAGAAAGCCCUUAUUAAAGGUUUCACAGGGAGCAUAGAAGACAUGUCCUUUGCUCAUUAUAAUUCUGAUCGACUUGCUUGCAUUGACUCAGCUGGUGAUGUGUUUGUAUGGACAAUAUCUGAGAAUGAUGAUUUAAUUAAGUAUCCUUUGGAUAUCUGGUAAUUGUGUAGAAGUAUGGACAAAAUAAUAUUUGUGGGAUAUCUCAAAUGUAAGGGUCCAGUGUAGGUAUAGUAUUCUACAGUAUGCUGUACUUGUAUAUAUGGGAUGGGUAGAACGUCUUGUUAAUUAUAAAGCUUAUUUUCAAAACAUUUUGAACGUACACGCAGAUAUACAGAAACACACAGCUACCCUUCUUAUUUCUGUUUGGUAAUCAAAAUAAUUUGAACAGUAGCUACUGUAGUUUUUGCACAAACAUUGGAAAUCUAGGUACAUACAAAUUAGUUAAUUAAUUUAACCCAUUGGGUACGUAUCAGCGCUCUCCCCUUGGAGGUGCACCGGGCACAUUGGUGUGCACCGGUGCAGUCUAACUCAGUGGGUUAAUAUUUGAAAAUACAACUGUAAAACAUGGUUAUAUUUCCUAAACUGCCCAGUUACACUCUAAAACUUUGUAUAAAGAGAAAGAAUGAGACACUACCUGAGGUGUCCACUGGAAACCGUCUAGUUUGGUGUCCUUAUGUUGUUGAUGAUGACGAUGGUGAUGAUGAUGAUGAGAACAUCUCAGAACAAGUGUUGGCUGCGAAUGUCGGCCGUGGUGCUGAAGUAUUUGAUGUUGAUAUGAUAACUGGAGCUCAUGGAGAUACCGUGGAUGUUGAUAAUAUAAAGAAUGGAAUUGUGAAAGUGCAAGGACACACUAAUGUAAGUCUCAAAUGUGAGGUUCCAAAAAAUAGUGGGUUGGCCUUUUUUUACCCCUUUUUGGCAACUUUUUUAAAAAUCACAAAAGUGGUUGAAAUGGUUUUCUGGAUAAUUCCUUGACAAGAGUUCUCAAUUUUCCUCAAUUUCCUCUUCAAUUAUCCUGGGGACAAGGUUGGAAAAAUUCCUGGUUUUAAGGAUCAGUGAUUAACCCAUUGAGCCACAAUGCAGCCAGUGAACCCUACUUAUUUUUUUUGCUUGUUUACUUAUUUUACUCAUCAAUGGGGAAGCUCCGCAGCUUAAUGGGUUAAUAAUGACAGAGCCUCCCCUUGGGGGAUGCCUAGCCCCCCAACCAAAUAAAUCUUCCACUGCCUUAACGAUGAACACAGAAAAUCUUUUAUAUUUCUUCAUUAGGUCUUCACAGACAUUGCUCUGGCUCCAGAUGGCAGUGUUCUGGCGACAGCAAGUGAAGACGGUUUAGUGAAGUUCUGGCAGAUAAACUUUGAAUCGGGAGAUCCACCAUUAUGUUUGCACGAGUGGCAACCACAUGAUGGGCAACCUGUGUCGAGAUUGAUGUUUUGUGAUAAUCAUGUAGUACAGGAUGAUAAGUAUGUGACAUAUUAAAAACCUGGAUGCGAUUUUGCAAGCACGAGUUCUGUUGCAGUCAAACGAGAGUUGCCCACGAGUUGGCUAGAUAUCACCAGUCAAAGAACAAAAACUCUCAACUCUUAUCAAAAUGUGACUCAACCAGCUUUAUGAAAGUUGAUGAGAAUUGGCCCUGUGAUUUUAGGUGUGAUUUUCUCUUUGGAGGAUGUGAAGUUGUGGAUGAGUUAUAAAUGUUCCAGGUUAUGGAAUCUCAUAACCACAUCAUUAAUUAAUCUAAUCCUUCACAUCCUCCAAAAGGAGAAAAUCGCAGCAUAAAUCGCCCAUGAAAACGAGCUUUUAUCAACUCUUGUCAACUCUCGCCCAUGAUAAUCUAAUAAUUGACACCUAUGCUCCGCCAAAUGGUUUAAUAUUUACAUAUUUUCAAUGUAGAAGUCCAUUCUGGAGAUUUUUAAUAACUGGUGCCAGACACAACAGUGAAUUGAAAAUAUGGUGUACUGUCACGUGGUCAUGCUUACAGACAAUAAGGUGAGGUAUAAAUGGUCAUUACACACGUAACAGAACAACAAAUAGACAUCUAGACAAUAAACAUGGACAAGAAUGGUAGGCACACCACAACAGUAUAAACCAAUUACUGUGUGCCCUUAAAUUACGUUGACUAACGCUUGUAUUCUAAAAGCUCACUCACACUCAAAGAGUGGAGGUUCAAUCUGAGCUUCCCUUUAGUGUCAAUGCUGUUUUUGAAUAGCUGGAGGGUGAGUAGUCACAUACUAAGGUACAACACUAACCCUCCAGCUAUUCAAAAACUGCACUGACACUCGAGGGAAGCUCGUACGUUUGUGUCCAAUUAUCAAGCUUUUUUCUGCCUUAUAUUGUAACGUUGUUCACUUUGUUAUUUUAGAUUUAAACUUCCAGCAUCAAAUCUCACGUGAGUGGCAGAUUCUCUUUUGAAGAUUUAAACAUUUGGAUUUCUUAUGUUAUAGUCGAUCAAAAACAUCAAUGAAUACACAGCUUAAUGUAACAGACCUGCAGCAGACAUGUGCCACAACUUGUGGGAUUCUUACGUGCAUAUUUAACAAUCAACAACCACUUUUUUUGUAUAAACAUAUUUAAUGACUUUAAUGUUUACCCAAGAGCGCGGACGCUCAUCGAGGGGAUCACACUACAUUUAACAAAUAAUUAAAUAAUAUACACAACAGGAGAAGACGAACAUUACAAAGAAAGAGGAAAAAAAAAACCAACAAAAGUGAUAAAAGCUGGUUCAAUUGAAGGUUCAAAGUAAUAAAUUAAUUCUUAGAAAAACGAUUAGUUUGCUUAAUAUAUUUUUGAACAUUCAUAAAUAUACAUCUAUUACUUUCUAUACUCAAAUCAGUUGAACCAGACAAAAAUAUUUUAGACUUUUGAGAAUUGGACAAGAGAUACCAGCUUUCACCAUAAAUUUGAGCAGCUACCGAGAGUAAGGAUAAUCUAAGAGCAGCAUAACGAGGACAAUAUAACAAAUAAUGAAUGACUGAUUCACAAGAAUCUUUCAGAUAGUAAACCAUUCUCUCUAUUUUUUCUUCUUCUAGUUUUGUGAGCCCUCCUCCACUGAAAUUGAAAGCAAGCUUGGAUUUAUCGGCGCAAUACCUGGUGCUGUCUGAUAUUGACCGCAAGGUAGUUGGAUCAGGAAAACGCCUUCGUUUGCUUUAAAGGAUGAAGCAGUCGCAAAUGAAACAUUGUCUAUUCUUGCGUAAAACAGGGUGUCCACGGGCCUUGAAAAUCCUGGAAAGUCGUUGAAUUGGUAAAAAAAUUCCAGGACUGGAAAGUCCUUGAAAAUCAGUAGAAGUCCUUGAAGGUCCUGGAAUUAAUUUCCUUAACCUCCAGCUGUGCCAACAUUAGUGAUUUUGAUUAAAAUUACUGAAUUUAUUUAUUAAACGUUCUCUGACUAAAUAUUUAUUUCUACGAG